GAUUGAUUCUGAAGGGAAGAAUCAGCAGGCUAAUGAGGUGGAGUGAGUCCAUUCACAGCAGUGGGGAUAGUGGACAGCAGAGCUUAUCAGGACGGAGAAUGGAAAUGUAGAACCCGAACAGGACAAGGGAGAGGAAAAGACAAGAGUGAUGCCUGCAUGACCCGGCUCGGACAGAGCAGGAGGACACAUGGAAGGCUCUUACUUCUCUGCUGGGAAUGAGCGUGACACAAGCCUGGACGUCCUGAGUUUCCUGGACACCCUGGUGCCGGACAAUGGGACGGUGGAGCGGUGUUACAGCACCCGAUCCCACAGCACCGUGCUGCAGGGCCUGCCGUUCGGGGGCGUGCCCACCGUCCUUGCCAUCAACUUCAUCCUCUGGCUGGUGCUGCUCUUAGUGUUCUCGUGCCUGCGGAAAGCAGCAUGGGAUUAUGGACGGUUGGCAUUGAUAAUGGACAAUGACAGAUAUGUAGCCCGGCGCCGUUGGAACUCUUACGACCUCACAUCACUGUUCUAUGGAGAGCCGAGCGAGAAGGAGAAGUCGCCUCCCCCCUCUGAAUCCAGUCCCUCUGACAUGGAGACUAAAGAUGUGGGCUUCUGUUCUUGGCUUUCAUCGAUCUAUCACAUGAGAGAUGAAGAGAUUCAGAGUAAAUGCGGGAUAGAUGCCACUAUCUACCUCUCGUUCCAGCGGCACAUCCUGGUCCUCAUGAUUAUUGUCUGUGUCCUCUCCGUCGCCGUCAUCCUGCCUGUAAACUUCUCCGGGAACCUGCUCGGAGACAGCCCUCAGCAUUUUGGAAGGACGACUAUAGCUAAUGUUCCUGCACAGGAUCGUUUCCUGUGGCUGCACAGUGUUUUCGCUCUGCUGUAUUUUAUUAUCACUGUGCUCUGCAUGGCGCACCACUCCAUGCAGCUGGAGUACAAAGAGGAUGAGAAGGUGGCGAGAACGCUGAUGAUCACGUCAAUUCCCAAGGAGAUCUCCGACACGGGGCUCAUCGUGAAGCACUUCCACGAAGCUUACCCAAGCUGCACAGUGAACGAUGUGCAGUUCUGUUAUGAUGUUCGGAAGCUGAUGAAGCUUGAUGCUGAAAGGCGCAAGGCGAUGAAGGGACGGCUGUACUUCACAGGGAAGGCUCAGAAAGAAGGGAAGGUUAUGAUCAAAAGCCACCCCUGUGCUCAGAUAUUCUGCUGUGACGCCUGCGGGUUUGAACAGGUGGAUGCAGAGCAGUACUACAGCGAGCUGGAAGAGAAGCUUACUGAUGAGUUCAAUGCUGAGAAGAACCGCAUUGCCCUUAAAAGACUGGACAUGGCCUUCGUCACCUGUCAGGACGAGAGGAUGACUGCAGUCAUUGUAAAGGAUUACGGCCGGACCCCGUGUCGCAGGCAGUUGCAGCAGUCCAGCAUAACCACCGUUGUCAAGUCCCACAAGUGGGGGGUACAGUAUGCGCCAGCACCCACUGACAUCAUUUGGGAGAAUCUGUCCGUGCGAGGCUCCAAGUGGUGGGUGCGCUGCAUCAUCCUCAAUAUCUGCCUCUUCAUCCUGCUCUUCUUCCUCACCACUCCAGCCAUCAUCGUCAACACCAUGGACAAGUUCAACGUGACCCGGCCCGUCGAGAGCCUCAGGAACCCGGUGGUGACCCAGUUCUUUCCCACACUGCUGCUGUGGGCGUUCUCCGUCUUCCUCCCGUUCAUCGUAUACUACUCUGCCUUCUUCGAAUCUCACUGGACCAGAUCAAGUGAAAAUCAGUUAACAAUGCAUAAGUGCUAUUUCUUCUUGGUGUUUAUGGUGAUCAUCUUGCCUUCGCUUGGUCUAUCCAGCUUGGAUUUGUUUUUUCGAUGGCUCUUUGACAUUCACUUUCUAGAUGAAGCUGACAUCAAAUUUCAGUGUGUGUUCCUGCCAGAUAACGGUGCUUUCUUUGUGAACUAUGUGAUCACAUCGAGUCUGAUUGGCACAGCCAUGGAGCUGCUGAGGGUCCCAGGGCUCGUUGUGUACGCUACUCGGCUGUGUUUCGCCAAGUCUGAAGCCGAGCGCAUUCACGUGAAAAGGAACCAAGCCUAUGAGUUUCAGUUUGGCUUGGAGUACGCCUGGACGAUGUGCAUUUUCGCAGUAAGCAUGACCUACAGCAUCACCUGCCCCAUCAUCGUUCCCUUUGGACUCCUCUACAUGAUCCUGAAGCACCUGGUGGAUCGCUACAACAUCUACUAUGCUUACGUCCCAACAAAGCUAAACCAGCGCAUUCACUCUGCAGCCAUCAGCCAGGUCAUCAUAGCUCCAAUCCUCUGUAUGUUCUGGCUGCUGUUCUUCUCCGUGCUCAGAUUAGGCCCAGUUCGUCCCAUCACACUGUUCACCUUCGUGGCUCUGCUCUUUUGCAUCAUCUUCUCUCUCUUUGGGUUCUGUUUGAAGAGACUUCAUCCAAAGAAACCCACAAGCUACCAGGUAAGUGAGAUGUCAGAUCAGCACACCGAAGGGGUUUUCAGUGACAACGAAAGAAGCAGCGUGUCCUCCACCCCAAACUCCAACGUUUUUGUGGCCUCGGUGCUUCAGGAACCUGAGCUAGGACUAACGCCCAUGCCAUCACCGGCACACCAGAGCUACGGCACCAUGGAGAACAGGAUGGAGACGCCCAGGACCGAAGAGGAGACCCACCCAGAGGCCUUUGAAUCGGACCUUGAGAACCGGCAGUACUUCUCCAGCGGACCGCUGGUCGACAGCGAUAUUGGGUACCAUUAAGAGGGAUGUCCACAAGGAUCCAGAAUUCAUAUCACUAAAGAAUUGUGCUGCAUUUACCCAAAGCUUAGAGGAAAGCCUUCGCCUGGUUUCAGCAUCUACACCCUUGCUAUUGUCACCAGUGCUGCAGCAGAAGCAGAAGCAGCUUGCAUGACAGUCCCUUUCUCCUGUAUGUUCAGCACACAGCUUGUGAUGUGCUUCGAUGUGUAAAGGUCACUUAAGCAGGAUGGACAGACAAAGGGAUGCAGGUGUUAAUUAUCGAAUUUGGAGAAUAACUAAUAUGCUACUUACAGUAGCUGUUCUGUAAGACCAAGGCAAUGCUACUUAGCUAUUCUGUAAUUUCCCGUUGGGUAUUUCUGGUUAAUUUACAGUCAGACCAGACUGGCAUUUCAUUUGAAGUGAUAUUUUCAGUUGUGGCUUGGCAUUGAUCUGUAUUAUUUACAGCUUCCCAACUCUGUUUUGUAGACAGGCUGAUGUGUGUUUUGUCACAGGCGAGCCCCAGUCCAUUAGAAAGGCUGUGUUUUUAAUAGAGGACACCAGUCGGGUGUGUCAGGGGACUUGCCAAUCCUGCAUUGGUAAGGCCACUCCAGAUCCACUGCUCCACUGCUCCUCCACCCAGAACUGACCACCUACUGUCAUUCCUUCUGCCUUCUUCUGACACAGGCUUCUAAAAUGGACAGCCCAUUGCACGUGGAAAUCAUUUUGAUCCUUUUGUUCAUAGUGUUCCGACCUCAGGCUGAAGUGAGAAAAAAAAACACUCAAUGCAGAUUUGAUGAAGGACAGUAUUUAUAUAGAAUGAGUUUUGGGCUUUUUGUAUUGUUUAUUUUUUUAAAUAUUCACUACCAUUUUGUGCAGGCAGUGGUGGAGAAUUCCUAUCUCUCACCUCUAAAGAGGUUGUAAUUAAGAUUACAGGGCUAAACUUGAUUCAGUUAGAGAUUAGCUCCUUUGUAAAAGACACUAUCUAUGACAGAUAAACUAGAGAACAGUGUAAUGCAUGGGACCUUUGAUUACUGUCCGUCUUGAUUACUGUCUAUCUUGAUUACUGUCCACCUUGAUUACUGUCCGCCUUGAUUACUGUCCGCCUUGAUUACUGUCUGUCUUGAUUACUGUCUAUCUUGAUUACUGUCCGUCUUGAUUACUGUCUGUCUUGCUUCAAGGUGAUAAUUUUUUUUUGUACAAAAUGUUCAUAAUAUAAUGCAGCUUAUAUACAGUGAUACCUUUUAAGAGCUUAAUAACAUGCAACCCCCGUGCAGAUGCAGUGUAACCCUAAGUGCAUGUUAUGUGAGAAUAAAGCAUGGGGUUCUUUGGUUAGGUUUUAUGGCAAGGCUUGAAACAGUGAUUUACUCUAGACAGGACUAGAAAGAGGGAGUGCUGUAGAUAUCUAUCUAUGGAGGUGUCCCUGUACAUAGGCUUUAUAUAUAGUAUGUUUACAUGCUUUUCAGCUGUUCAGUUUCAAGGUGUAUAAUUGCCUAUACUUUGCUGUCGAAACAGGCACGGAGUAGAGAGUGUGUAUGUUGCAAUCCUUGUUUAAAAUUCCAUAGUGUACCGGUCUUUUCCCUCUCUUUUUUAUCUGUCCAGAAUAUUGAAUGCUGCCACUUUUUCCUCUAGCGUUUCAUGAUCUCUUUAUAUUACAAGAGUGGAGGUUUUCCUUCUCGUUCGAAUGUGUACGAAGAAAAGAAAAGGUGUUGUGUAAUAAUGUUUCCUGUACGGUGUUGCUGUGCCUUGGAAUAAUCUCCUUUACUGACAAUCCAGCAUGGCCUGGGAUAUGCUGCAUGGAUUGAAACUCGGAAUCAGGAGUAUAUGGGUAAAAAAUGAUGCACAGUUUUAUGAUCAGCAGAAUUUCCCUGCUCUAUGACUGCAUUCAAUCAAACCUCCCAGUUAUAAACUCCUAGUGCCAGUCGUGUUCUGAGUAGAGCGGUCGUCAUGCCACAGCUAGAUGCCCUCUAAAGCCUGUAACUCGCUUUACAUAGCAGUCCAAAGCCUGAAAGCAACGUUACCCUUUACUGCCCUUUACUUCCCACACCUAUUUUGAAUGCCUAUUUUCUCAAUGCCAAAUAUAUUGGACACUGGGCAGCAAUGGUUACAAGUGUCCUUAUACACAGAAUAACAUUCGUUCAGUUUUCUAAAAGCGUUAAUAUCCUUAUAUACAGUAACUGUCACUCCAGUCCGUUAUGUAGCAGGUAAUGACUCCUGCGUCCAACAUUAAUGCUUAAUUAGGAGCUUCCUCUACAUUUCUGCUGUCACAGAGAUGUACUGGGGUCGUGGCCUCAUACAGCAUGUCUGGUUAAAUAUUAACAUAAAACAGGGGAUUGAUGCAGGUCACAAAGUAGCUUUGUUGGUUUGUUUCUGUUUUUAUUAAUGAAUGUAUUCCAAAAUAUGCCAUCAUUAACUCUGCACUACUAAUAUUCAUCAUGCACUUCUGACUACACCACGAAAUAACCCUGAACGGCUGGUUUCACAGAACCUGGUUAACACUAGUCUUGGAUUACCUUACCUAAGAUAACAUUAGGGCAGUCCAAGCUUAGUGCGAAUUGGGGUCUGUGAAACCAGCCAUGAAAGGGGGUCGCUAAAAUAAAAACCUGCAUAAAAGGAAUAUUCUGAAGAAACCCGACUGCCUUUCUAAUAUAGUGUUACAGAUGGACCCUAAAAGUGUGAUUGUCUUUCAGAAAUUCACAGAUGACCUCCCAAGUUUCAUUUUAGAAGAUGUGUUACUAGGUUGAACAGAAUACAGUCUGUUAUUUUCCUGCUGGCUACAGUGUAUUUUUCCAGAAUGUAUACACAGCUUUAAAAUAAGUUUGAGUUGAAUUGACCUAUUUUGAGCUGAAAUUGUAUAUGGUCUUUUAAUGAGUGGGUUGGGUUUAAGUGUAUCUAAACAAUACUGUAUAUUUCAUUAAAAUCUUAACAGUU